AUGACACCAUCUUUCUUGAAAAGUUGCAAUGAUCUGAUUAGCAAAUGGGAGGAAUUGUUGUCUUCAAAUGAAUCAUGUGAAAUAAACAUAUGGCAUUCUCUUCAAAACUUGGCUAGUGAUGCUAUUUCUCGAACCGCAUUUGGAAGUAGUUAUGAAGAAGGAAAAAGAAUAUUUGAACUUCAAAGAGAGCUAGCUGAACUUAUAAUGAAAGAUAUAGUGAAAUCUUUCAUUCCUUUCUGGAGGUUUGUACCUACUACUGUCCAUAGAAAUAUGGAUGAAAUUUACAGAGUUCCUUUAUGUUAUGAAACUCCAGUCUUUAUGUUAUGCAGCCUUUAUGUUAUGCAGCCUUUAUGGACUACAAUCUUAUUGAUGGACUACAGUCUUAUUUACACUUAUGCAUAUGUCUUCUAA